UGCAGCGAUGAAAGCAGAGGAGAAAAUCGAGACACGCUAGUGGAUGUGACACAAAAACACCAGUUAGAACUAGGAAUAGCUUCAGCACCAGCUGACUGCCUUGUUGACCUCGCAGCUGUCCAAUAGUUUUAUCGAAGAGAAGAAGCUAGCUGUGAGGAAGAGGAACCAGAGCUAACAGUGAGACAGAGGGGGGUUUGUCGGCCCACUGCAAUCUGAAUCACCGAAACUCGCCCCCACUGCUGGUUCAUCAUCGACGUGCGCAUCCUAACGGAGGCAGAAAGCACCGGGAAGGGACGGGACCCGAGCCAGUGUUUGACCCUCUGCCGCAGCCCCGAGGUGCGCUGCUAGGCAGAGCAUGCUAAAUAAUGAGCCAAAGGGACACACUGGUUCAUUUGUUCGCUGGAGGAUGUGGAGGUACAGUUGGUGCUAUUUUGACUUGUCCUCUGGAAGUGGUGAAGACCAGACUGCAGUCCUCCUCCAUCACUCUCUACAUCUCUGAAGUCCAGCUCAACACUGUCAACGGAGCAAGUGUGGCCCGCGUAGCCCCACCAGGGCCUCUGCAUUGUCUCAAGUUAAUCCUUGAGAAAGAGGGACCCCGUUCACUCUUUAGAGGACUGGGACCCAACCUUGUGGGUGUGGCACCUUCCAGGGCGAUCUACUUUGCUGCCUAUUCAACAGCUAAGGAGAAACUGAAUGGCGUGCUGGAGCCAGACUCUACCCAUGUGCACAUGGUGUCAGCUGGGCUGGCAGGGUUCACCGCCAUCACAGCCACCAAUCCCAUUUGGCUGAUCAAGACGCGCCUGCAGCUGGACUCCAGAAACCGGGGAGAGAGACGCAUGAAUGCGUUUGAGUGUGUGCAGCGGGUGUACCAGAUGGACGGUCUGCGUGGUUUCUACAGGGGCAUGUCAGCCUCAUACGCUGGCAUCUCUGAGACUGUUAUCCAUUUUGUCAUCUAUGAGAGCAUCAAACGGAAACUGUUGGAGGCGAAGGCCCAGAACAGCAUGGACGACGAGGUGGAGUCUGUCAAAGACGCCUCUGACUUUGUGGGCAUGAUGCUCGCAGCAGCCACCUCCAAGACCUGUGCCACCUCCAUCGCCUACCCCCAUGAGGUGAUACGCACACGGCUACGAGAGGAGGGAAGCAAGUACCGCUCGUUCUUCCAAACUCUGAUUACAGUACCCAGGGAGGAGGGAUACCGAGCGCUGUAUCGCGGCCUAACCACCCACCUGGUCAGACAGAUCCCCAACACCGCCAUCAUGAUGUGCACCUAUGAAGUGGUGGUCUACCUGCUUGGUCGUUAGCCCACCAGGCAUGUCUCCCUCGUGCUUUCAGAGGGAGACAGAAGCGGUUAGCCAAAUGAUUGAGAAGGAUGCCCUUUGGUGAGGAACAGAAAAAGUCAAAGUGAAGACCAAAGGAAAACCCAAGAUACUCUAGAGGACCAGCAAAGGACAAAUGAAAAAACAAAAAGAUGAAGAAAAAGGAAGGAGGAAGUUCCUUUGUUACCACAUCAGCAUCUCCACUUCCAGUUCCCUUUAUCAGACUGCUGGAACAGAUAGAGGGCGCUGUAGAUCACAGAAAAGGUAAUAUGAGUAGGAUGAGAAAGGAAAGAGAAAGCUAGAGUUUGACGUCUGUUAAACAGAAGGUACCUCUGAAAGAAACUAUUUUAAGCACAAUUCAGUGGCCUUAAAAGAAAGAGUUUUAGUUUGAGUCAUUUUCUCUGAGUGAAAAGUAAAAAAAAACAAACAAACACCCUUUUCCCUUCUACAGAGAUGAUAUUGUAAAAGGGGAAUGCAUGGAGACCACUGCAUUUGAAAGGAAGGACAACUAAAUGUAGGUCAGUUUCAAUUAUCAAAUAAUUUCCACUUGGCACUAUUUUGUCUGUACUAGUACACACUUGCUUCAAUGCUGUUAGACUACUGUAAGAUUUGAUUACUGGCAGUUGAGGAAUUUCCACUGGAAGCAGAAUGUGAGAAGAACAUUUUCACUUCAGUCUGUUUUAAAGGCUCCUAAUCCACCCGUCUUUGCACUACAGAAAGUACGUCUUCAAGCAUUCCCCUUUGAAUGCUGCAGUUGACCCCUGGAUAUCCUGAAGUUCAUGCAAAGCAGUGCACUCACUGGCCAAAUACAAUGAAACACAAUGAAGAGCUUGUGUCGUCCGUCACUCACAUGCCUCAGAGUGUUUAUAAAGAGUAUAUGAAAAAGCUGACUUUCUUCUAGUGUUUUUAUUCCUCUAUAUGAUCCAGGGCCUGGAGGUGACAUGCUUUGGCUGAAGUUGGCCUUGAGUGUUUGUCAGUUUGUCUCGUUGUGCAAACUGAAAUAAGAUUGAUAUACAAGGCCAGCUUCUUCUAGUGCCCAGUCGCUGCUCAGGACUCUGAAAUCUCUGUGUGAAAACAUAAGACCAAUGUGUCCUUUUCAAGAUGUGAAGUGUGCGACUGUCCAAAAGGUACCCAGACUAAGUAUCUGCCAUUGGAAUGCCACUACUUGAAUAUAAUGUGACAGUGUGGGGAAAUGUUGGAGUAUGAGAACGUUGGUGGGAAUUCAACAGCACCCCAUUAACUGGUUCUGUGUGUAUGUAUGUGUCUAACAUGUUGGUCACUUAAACAGCCAACUAUGUUCGAGAGAGUGUGUGUCUGUGUGAGUGUGUGUCUGUGUGAGUGUGUGUCUGAGUGAGUGAGUGAGUGAGUGAGUGAGUGAGUGAGUGAGUGAGUGAGUGAGUGAGUGAGUGAGUGAGUGAGUGAGUGAGUGAGUGAGUGAGUGAGUGAGUGAGUGAGUGAGUGUGUGUGUGUGUGUGUGUGUGAUGCACAUCUGCAGUCAUGCACGCAUGCCUGCAUGUAUAAUAAAUAUCUACUCCAGAUUUCCCUCCACUAAUUAUUAAUCUUGCAAGACACUGCGGUUAGGAGUGUGGAAAAGCUACUGUACAAAAGUGGCAGCUUUCAUUCCCACUCUCAUGCCAGUCCUUCCUUCCAGUGGCUUCCAACUGACCUGAUAACAUGCACUUUUGUGGCCUUUUAGGGCUUGUGCUUUGCAUUUUCUUGUGUGGACAGUUUAAACUUGUACAUUGUAAAAGAAAAAAGUAUUACUGUAUAUCAAAAUGGUAUUUUGCGCAACUGUUCUUAUAGCAGAUAUAUUGUACAGUGUAGAGUUCUCAGUAGUUGUGAAGGAUGUCCAGUGUGUGUGUACAUAAUAUAGAUACUGUAUAUGCAUAUCAUUUAUUGUUUUUUUUUCUUAGGUCCGUGUAUGAUCAUGCUGUAUUUUGCAUUUGCAAAUAAUUGUUUUCAUUUUUGUGCAAUUUAACCUCGUUUUGACAUGAAUAUUGAUAUAGCUUGUCUGAUUAUUAUUAUUUUUUGUAUUAAGCUGACAUGCGAGCAUUCGUGCUAACAUGAAAGCUAACAAAUGCUGCAGGAAAAAUACUUUGAUGCCAGCAUUCGUGCUGGAGCAUCGGUUAGUCAUAAAAAGUGUUCCAUGUUGCAGAGUUUCCAUCGUUUGUGCUGUUUACAUUGUUCUGUACUUUCUGUCAGAUCAUUUUAUGGUUUUCCUAGCAACAUGUUUUGACUUUAAAGAUGAGACGUGUUUUAAUGUGAGAGUUCAAAAAAUGGAGUAGUCUUUUCUUUAACACUGUGAAGAGUGCCACAGCUAGUUAUGAUUAUUUAAAACACAAAUUGAGAGAUACACAGAUUGUUAAACAUGUGUUAUUGGAAAGAAUCAUUAAAUGUUCUCUUUUUUAAGGAUC